GGGUUUUCUACGAUAAAUCACACUUUGGAACUUAUUAUUUCGGUUCUAACACGACAUACUAGUAUCAAAAGUGUUAGAAAAUAUAGUAACUACUUUUCACGACCGUAUUACGCACCUGUAUUGGAUAACGUCAUUGCACGCGAGUGGUUUAUUGCAGAAUAACCCGAGAUAGAUUUUGCUCUACAGGUUUGUAGGUUAUUUUGUUGGUCGUGUUAGAAUAGAAAAUUGAUGGAUUUGUUUUUUUAUUUCACUCGUUAUAUUUGUCUGUACCACUUAACAACACACUGUUUACUGAUGUAAGUCAAUAAUUAACUCCUUACACAUCAAAUUACCGGUAGUACAGAAAAAAGUCUUGUAGAAUUUUGAAUUGUAGAUACACAGGUUCUAAUGGAGACAAGCUUUGUCUAUUUGAGCUUGAUGACCAGUCUGCAAGUGCAACGUUGUGACUGGUCAAUUCCAAAUCUAUGAAUCACAUGAUGGAAUUUGAGACGGGUCUAUGAUAUAGGGUCAGAGCCUGGUUGUAUUUAUUAAGAAUUUUGUAUUGAUGGGAAUGCAUGAUAAUAAUGGUCUCAGCUAUUUUUUUUUUACUUCAGAGUAUUUUAAGAAAAAAGGUGUGAGCACCUUUACAGUGAAAUAGUUAUUUGACUUUGUUACUGAUAUCACAAUCACUGCUGACAAUUUGGAUGACUAUCUAGACCAGUGUAUGAAGAUAACUGCUAACAGAACUAUAGAUGAUGUUACUGAGCAAGAUAAAAUCGAUGAACAGGUGUUCAAAAAUGCAUACAUUCCUCGUACCUUGGAUGCAGUGAUAGACUUUGAGAGGGAUUUUUACAAGGCAAAGGAAGGAGACACUGAGGAGUUCCUAUACAGCAAGAUAUCAGGGUUGAAAACAGAUCUGUCUGGACCACAACAUGUACCAACUUUACUGAAAGAAUCAAAGACCUCGUCUUCCUCUCAACAAAAGAAUAAUGACAAUAAAUUAGAAUCUGAGGAAGGUGGAUAUUCUCAGGGAGAAAAUGAUGACGAUGACAUUAGUGAUGGAGAGGAGAUGAGCAAUGAUACAGAUUCAAGCAGUGAGGAAGAAGAAGGAACAAACAAAAAUAAAGGGACUGCAAUACGCCCUCGAGAUGAAUCUCCAAAUUCAAAGAAGGAAAGAAAAAGAUUAGUGAAAGAUGCACAAAAGGAGAAAAGACAGAAUAAAAUGCCAAAGCAUGUGAAGAAACGGAAAGAAAAGCUUGCAAAACAGGGAAAGAAGAAAUCAAUGGAAGUCCUGGAGGUGUUUCUCUAACUUGCUUCCAUAACAGCUACAGUACUGUGAUGUAAUAAAUGACAGUCACUGUGAUGGAAUUGAUUCGCUUAUCUGUUCCUGAUAUAUGGCUAUUAUAUAUUGAUGUACUAAAUGGAAAUACCGGAAGUGAUUCUCUAUUUCUGUCCCUGUAUGCUUGCUGAGCUCAGAAGGGAGAAUGCAAAUCUAUGGAUUGUGUUAGAUCCUUGGGUGAGAUGUAUGUUCACUGUGAUGAUUGAUCAAAGAUGUUGUGUCUCUAUUCAUUCAUCCUCCACAUCUGAUUCAUGUCGAGAAGUUGGUAGUUACUUGUGGAGUACAGAUUAGUGCUGUAAAACAGGUUAAGUUAGCUGUUUAAAAUAAACUGAAAAUGUUUAAAUAGUAUCCUGGCACAAAACUCAGGUGAUAACUGUUGGUUGUAUGAUUUAUUAAAUGAUUUAAUAUGU